GAUUACAGAGCAGAGACGAAAAUUUCAUAUUUGAAACAUAGAGCGACUUCUCACGAGUUAAUAGAGACAACGUCGAACGCAUGGUAGCAAAUUACCGGCGGUAAAUUACCGACGGUUGUAACCGAGGAAGUCACUAUUCGGGUUACCGACAGUCGGCGCAUGGCGCUUCGAAUUCCGCGCAUGCGCGGAGCUCCCCGUCUCAUUUAUAAUACUGCGCUUUCUUGGCAGACGCGAUCAUCGGGGUGCAAGUGAAAUCGCGGGGCCAAUGUCGUGUAAGGCCGUCGGUUUUGCCAAUCAACGAUCUCGCCGGCGUUACAUGAAUCUUGACGGGAUACGGGCUGACACGCGACAUCACUGCCGGCGAUCGAGCGACCGUAUGCGUCCGCACCAACGACGUUACAACGAACGCGUCUCACCUCUACGAUCUAUGCCUGACCGCGGAAGGGACGCUGCUGCCUCCGGAUCGCAGAUGCGCACGUCAACGACGAUCACGUCGCUGCCGUAGCCAUGGUUGAAAUACCAAAGGAUUGUGUCCUGCAGUGGGCUGGCCACGCGGGAUAUAUUACAGAGAGAUUCAGUGGUCUAUUGGCACGUCAGGCUCUAGUCGAUGUCACAUUGAUCUGCGAUGAACAAAAACUACGUGUUCACAAGCUGGUUUUAGCUUCGAAUAGUAUAUACUUUGAGGAAAUACUGCAGCAAGACUUGGGACAAGAACCAAUUAUACUUUUGCAUGACUUGGACUUUGAAAUUUUGAAGGCCAUGGUCGAAUUUAUGUAUUGUGGAGAAACUACAAUAUCUCAUCAGCAUCUGUCAUCUUUAUAUACUGCAGCACAAAUUUUUAAGGUUAAAAAAUUGGUAUCUGUGAUUGAUACUAUUAUUGAUUCGAAAAAGAUUUUAGACGAUUUUGGAAAUUGUCUAAAGCAACAGAAAGAAGAUUGUAAUUUAAAAAUUGCAAAUGGUUUGCUUAUAGAAAAUGAUUACGUCUGUGUUAAAUGUGAUAAACUAUUAAGUAUGGACGAGAAUAUCUAUACUGGUAACAAUAAUAACGACGUAAGCUCAACUAAGAAUCAAUCUUUCGAAAACGAUAUGACUGAGGCCACUGAGCAUGAUGUAGAACAUACUUUAUAUGAAGAAUCAGAUGCAAUGGAUGCCAACAAAGAAGAUGUGGUUACUCCAUUCUCAAUCUCUGAUGUAGAUAUAAGUAUGCAUAAUGAUACUACUAAUACUGUAUCUAUGCACGUAAGUAAGGUAAACGAAGUACAAACAAGGUGCACGAGCAGCAAUAGAGACGAAACGUACUGUAAUAGUCACGAUUUAAAACCUAUCUUAUAUGAGCAAUGCUGUGAUUUUUCUUGUGUAAACGAACGUGAUCAAACCUCUAUUUCUACACUAUCGCAAUCUUGCCUUCCACAAGUCGAAAGCGAUUUGGAACACUGUUCCGGAAGUAGCACAGAUGUUCCUAGCAUAAUAGGGAAAUGCGUCAAGGUUUAUACACCCAAACGACGCAAGUCUGUUGACGAGGUCCGCAAUAAGCUUGUAUAUACGCAAUGCAAUUUAGUGCCAACUCCACCAUAUUCUACGGAUUCCAUAGAUUUACUAGACGAACCGUCCGCUAAUGAUUUACCAGUUACUCUAUUAACGUCUUUAGAUAUGGAGAGUGCCGAAUAUAUCUUGAGCUUAAGCACAGAGAGUAUACAAUCGAUAGUGGGUGGUACUAUAAGCGAUCAGCAUACAGUGAUCGGAUGUAGAGGAAUUAAUUCGGAAGAGGUCGAUAAGCGACUGAGUACUCCAAGCAACACGGAUUGCACAAAGCCAGUUCUAAGACGGAGCACGCGACUUAAUCAACAAGAAAGCGAUGAAGCUGUAAACAAUGGCCUUUCUUCUGCAACUUUCGCGGGAAUCGAAAAACCGUUCAAAAAAGGUAAUUCUCCCAAUGGAACAGAACCUUGUGCGAAAGCAAAACGCAAAGGGAAGGAGGAUCGCAAAGUGCCAGAUCACAACAUAAUCGUAAGCUCAAUACAAUCGAACAGAAAGAAUCCCAAUAACAGAAAGAGUAAUUCAAAAUUAAUGGUGAAAAAAAAUAAUAAGCCUACGUAUACAGUGGCCAGUAAUAAGGAGAAAGAAGAAUCGAGACCGAGAGAAGAAGGAAAAUCGAAGACUAAUAACAGAUUAAAAGCUGAUGCAGAGAAAUUCAUAACGUCGGAUCAGCAAUCUACUGUUUCGUCCAUAAAAUCGAAUACAUGCGAAUGCAUAAGUCGCGCCUUAUGGGGCGAUAUGUCAGAUACAUUAGACUGUUGGGGAAGCGAAGUAGAUUUGCAUGCAUACCCAUCCAACACCGAGAUUCCCUUCGCUGUUGGCUUGUUGCCUCUACGAACCGCCCUUGAGAAAAUGCAGGCGAUGCCGGAUUAUCAACCACGCAAGACACGUUCAUCAGUUGCCCCGUUAAAGCAAGAUGUAGCUAAUAGCCAAAAACGAAAAAACUGCGCACCCUUGGACGCUAUAGUACCGUCGAAAAAGCAAAAUGGCAAUAAUAAUAACGAGAACCCGAACACUGUAUAUCACAUAGAGAUACGAACAGCAUCAUCACAAUGCGUAAAAAAUCGCAAACGUUUUCUUUCGGAUUCGAUUACAAGCCUGCCAGCGACUGAUGUUACGAGUGGUAAGUAAUAUGUAUUGAUUCGGAUUAAAAAUUUAUUAGUAAUAAAAUCUGUCAGUUUAAAUACAUCGUAUUCUGAGUAUAAUGUUAAAUACUCGCGAAAAUAUGGCAGCAGAAGAAUUGAAAUAACAGUCUCUCAAAUUUAUUUUUAAGUUUAACUAAAAGUGCGAGGACUUAAAAU